CCGCCGCCCGUCCCGGGACAUCCAGGGAGGCACGGGUUCGCACGCAGCGGCGCUCCGGUGAGGCGACAGAACCCGAAGCGUAGUGGAGCCAAGCGGGUCCCGAUGCACGAGUCACGGCGACCAUCGGCGGGGAUGAGGGCGCACUCCAGCUGCCUCUGAUUAUUAAAAGUAUAUAAAUAUCACUAUGGCCGACGCGUCCGAACCAGCACCAGCGACUGCAAAAAUGGCGUCAUCAUGCGCCCGGGUCCGAGCUCUGAUGACCAUCCUCCUGCUCCUGGCGGCCAGCGGCGGCUGCGUCGCCCCGACGAGCGGCGCGGAGGCGGCGGAGGAGGCGGUGAUCUUCGGGCUGCGCCUGGAGGACACGGACGACAUCUCCUUCAUGGACCGGGGCCACCUGCGCGUCAGCGAGCGGGCUCGCGUGAAACUACGGAUAUUCGGGCAGAACAUCAACAACGAGACCUGGUCCAAGAUCGCCUUCACGGAGCACGAGCGGAGCCGCGGAGGAGCCGCCGCCACUGGGAGCCUCGAAGGCGACGCGUCGCGGGACAACCGGAGCCGGGAGGAGACGUCGGGUACCGGGCAUCCGUGCGGCAUCAGGACGUCAGACAUCAUCAUCUUGCCCAGCAUCGUACUGAGCCGCAAGACGUCGGGCGUGGUGGAGAUCGACGUGAAGCCUUUACGCAAAACGGAACGGAGUAAGUCGUACUACUUUUGCAUCGCCACCUCCACGCCGGCGGCGCCCGGGGCGCACGGGGCACACGGGGCGCACGACCCGUGGACGGAGCACACCUGGGUGUACCACGACGGCGAGGACACCAAGGUGAUCGUGGUGGAGGAGAAGAAGUUCCUGCUGCCCUUCUGGCUGCAGGUGAUCUUCAUCUCCAUGCUCCUUUGCCUCUCGGGGAUGUUCUCCGGGCUGAACCUCGGCCUCAUGGCGCUGGACCCCAUGGAACUCCAGAUCGUGCAGAACUGCGGCACCGAGAAGGAGAAGAACUACGCCAAGAAGAUCGAGCCGGUGCGUAGCCAGGGGAACUACCUGCUGUGCUCGCUGUUGCUAGGCAACGUGCUGGUGAACACCACGCUCACCAUCCUCCUGGACGACAUCGCGGGGUCGGGGCUCAUCGCCGUGGUGAUGUCCACCAUCGGGAUCGUGAUCUUCGGGGAGAUCGUCCCGCAGGCCAUCUGCUCGCGGCACGGCCUGGCCGUGGGCGCCAACACCAUCUUCCUCACCAAGUUCUUCAUGCUGCUCACCUUCCCCGCGUCCUACCCGGUGAGCAAGCUCCUGGACUACCUCCUGGGCCAGGAGAUCGGCACGGUGUACAACCGGGAGAAGCUCCUGGAGAUGCUGCGGGUCACGGACCCGUACAACGACCUGGUGAAGGAGGAGCUCAACAUCAUCCAGGGAGCCCUGGAGCUGCGGACUAAGACAGUGGAGGACGUGCAGACGCCGCUGCGGGACUGCUUCAUGAUCCCCGGGGACGCUGUCCUGGACUUCAGUACCAUGUCGGAGGUGAUGGAGAGUGGCUACACGCGCAUCCCCGUGUUCGAGGGCGACCGCUCCAACAUCGUGGACCUGCUCUUCGUCAAGGACCUGGCCUUCGUUGACCCGGACGACUGCACCCCCCUGAAGACCAUCACCAAGUUCUACAGCCACCAGCUGCACUUUGUCUUCAACGACACCAAGUUGGAUACGAUGCUGGAGGAGUUCAAGAAAGGUAAGGUGUUCCUCCUGGAGAUAGGGCUAUCUUCCGUUCUGUAAUGAUUGGUGGGGAUGUUGGCCCAUGGAGAUAGUUGGUUAUAGCGGAGUGAUGAGGUGGUGACCUCUUCCUGUUAUCCUGAUGUUAUGUCACGUCAGGCGGACGGGGGACAUUGGGACACAGGUGAGGACAGCCACUCAGCUGGGAUCACUGGACGUGUAAUGGUUUGAUUAGGAUC